AUGAAUGAUCCUCUUGAAGAAACAAUUACAAAUGUCAAAUCGAUUAAUUCUGAAAUUGAAACCACAAAAAAUAAUAAUUCUCUUGAAGAAACUGAGUCAAAUAAUAAUGUACAUAUAUCUACGAACAAAGAAAUCGAAGACACAAUAAAUUAUGGUGAAGUUAAGAAUACUACUCGCAAUACAACAUUUCUGGAAAAUUGGCAAAUGUGGAAUUAG